AGAAUGUAAAUAUCAGUUAUAAAUUAUAUCUAUAUCAGCAUGAUGUUUUAAAAGGCGCUAUUUGGAAAUAUGGAUAUUUAGAUAUGUUUAAAAUGUAGUUUAAAUGGGUUCUAGUGUUGCGAAACAAAAACGGCCGACAGGCGGACCGCCUCAACGGAAGUCAGCUCUGAAGAAUACCAAAGAAAGAGGUCGACUAAACGACAGACCGGAUAACAUGGAUAAUGAGCCUUUCGGGACUGACAUAUUCCGACCAGACAGGGAACAGCAACCUGCCACUUUAGCAUCUGAGAAUGAAAGAAUUUAUCCAAGUCCUAGGACAGAACAACCUGGAGAAAGGUCUGUUCAACGUGUACAUUAUGAAGACGACAAUGACUUGGUUGAUAAUAGAGAUGGAAUGGAUAGAUUUAUGGAUCCAAAUCCUGACGGCAGUCCACGUCAGUUUCGCUCACAACUACCACACAAUCAGCUAUACCAGCCUCCCAUGCCAAUGGGAAGACCAUAUCGUCAGCAAGGACCGUAUCCAUAUCGUACGUUACCACCACAAAUAUAUCCUGUCCGCCUACCUGCACGGCGGACACUCCCACAUUACGGUCCUAUGUACCGGUCACCCGUACCAGUUAAUGAACGAUACCGCCCGGCACCUGUUUAUUAUAAUUCACCACGUGCAAUUCGCAGAGGUGUUCCACCUGACCAACCUCCACCUUAUCAUGCGCUGGAACCCAUGUCUUAUAGAAGCAGUCCUCGGGCUGAGCCUGCACGUGAACCGAUUCCGCCAGCAGAUAGUUCAUUUCCUAAUCAAAAUGGCGACCAAGAUGGCGGUCUUACCGACAGGAGUGCCGUUCAGUACCAAGGUGCCCGCGACGGAAGUUAUUCAGAUCCAGAAAGAUAUGAAGUGCCAAGUUUACUAACCUCAGAUUAUUUGACAAACACAAAACCAGCAAAGAAUCUUCAACCGAAGUCUGAAGAAUCCGUUCAUGAGAAGGAUGACGACGAGUAUAUUGGUGCAAAUCUAAGAUUCUACAGAAAUCAGCUGAAAUUCAGACCGAAUGGGGAAUUUAUAGAUUACAUACACAAAUACUGGUAUGGUAAUUACAGUCUGCUUGAAAAAUUGCAUACAUACAUACAUACAGUGGUUGUUUCCCCUGUAUGACUCCAGCAGAGUAAAUCCUGAAGCAGUUCCGCUGAGGGCACAUGAAGCAAAGCAUAUAUCAGAUGAUGGUGAGGCACGCCAACGCUUUCUGACGUCAUUUCUAAUGAUGCUUGAUUUCUACGGAUUUACUAUGACUGAUGAAGAAACUGGAAAAAUAAAAAGAGCGGCCAACUGGAAAGACAGAUUCCAAAAUCUUAAACGGUCAGUUCAUACCUAUACCAGAAUCACACGAAUAUUGAAAAGCCUCGGAGAACUCGGACACUCAAAAUUCCAAAGCCCUUUUGUAAUGGCACUUUUACACGAAGUGUUCGAGACUCGAGAACUAGCUGGCAUUCCGCCUGCAACAAUACACCACUGGCUAUGUGCAAUUGACAAUGAAUUUGAAAGGGAAUAUGUGUAUAAACAGUUUAAGGCUGGAAUUAACAGACUUGAUGAGGAAAGGAUUAAAUUAAAGAGGAAAGAUAACACAAAAUAUUACUUUGAGAAACGAAAACCCCUCUUGCACAAAGAUGAGCAAUUUCAGUUUACAACUAGAAAGAAACCUAGAAUUUAAGAAAUAAAAGUGUGGUACUGUUGAAAUCAGCUGAUGUAAUUGUAAAUUAUUUCACUGUUGAUCGAUCACAGUAUAUAGUAAGAAGUACAGAAUCAUUGAUUUUACUUUCAAUGACAAUGAUAAAUUAAAACGAACAUAUUCACUAAAUUCGUUUUUAUAUGUAAACCGUUUAAGAUUUUCUGUCAAUCACUCCUCAAAAGUUUAACCUCUUUUCAUUCCUACUUGUCGAUAUUUCAACAAGCGGAUGCCCUAUGUUGUACUCCGUACCCAGUCAAAUAAAACUGAUACACUGCCACAGAGUUCAGUUCACAGACACGAUAUUGUUAAGUGUCAAGCAGUUUUAAAUGGACAAAAGCGGAAAAUAUUUCAGUUAAUGUAGGAGGGCAAAAUAUCGCGAUCAUACUUGGUGGAAUGUCACACUAAGUUCUAACUGACUGCCUUUGCUUGGUUAUAUCUUUAGCUGUCAGGCUGUUUAACGAGCGGAUGAAUUGUGAAAUCGGUUAUCAAAGAAUAAUGUCCUUGGAGGGCAUGAUUGAACACUUCCUGAAGCAGUUAAACUGCCUAGUCCAACUGGUGUUCAUUUCAUUCUGAUGUCAGGGGAGGUAAUUAGAAUCGCAGAUUGGGACUAGGUAACGUCCUCUUGAAAGUGAAAUGGAUUAACACAAUUAUGACGAUUCUGGCAUCAUGUAAAGGCUGUAAAAUGUAUGAAAAGCUGCAGUUUUUAUAUUGAAAUAAAUUGGAAAGGAAAAA